UUUUUAAUUUAUUUUUAUUUUUUAAAAUAAUUUCAUUUCAUUUUUUAUAUUUUUAUGAAUAUUCGAGCACGUAUACGCGUAUAUCUAUUUCUGUGCUGUAAAACAAACCCUCAGCCAAUAUCUUGUUGUUGUGGUCUUCUUCUAAAUGAAAAAUUAUAAAUAUAUAUAAAUGUAUUCUAUGUAAAACUAUAUAUAAAUGUAAAACUACAGAACCAGAACAUAUUGCACACGAUGUGAUGACUGCACAUGGAAUGAUUUUGCGCAUGGUAUUAUAUUAACAUAUUUUGAUACAGUCAGUGUUGAUUGGGUCAGCAUUAAGAGUUCCUUUCAUUGUAAGUAAGGGGCAAAGUCCAACUCCCUGAAAAACAACACCUGAAUUCAAUGAUUUGGAGGGGUGACCCAAAACUUUUGGCAAUAUAGUGUAUAGUUAUCACACAAAUGGAUUCAGGCAAUAGCCUCUUUCCAUUCGCCAGAAAUGUCUGCAAUAAACAAGUGUCCCAUACAGGGCGUAUUCUUAUCUCACACCCACCAGGAUUAGGUUCUGGGUCCAUUGUGAACUGUUACUGAAGAUGAAUAUUGAGCCGGUGAACAAUAAAAUGUGUACACACCUGACACCGUUAAAACAAAAAUUUCCAACGUGCUCCAUGAACAGAAAGUCACGCUGGGAGAAGAGGAGGGGUCAGGAGAGACAUGGGCCUGAAGCAAAGCCAGAAGACUCAGUUCCACAUGGUACGUGUACCACCAUGUGUCCCAUCUCAGAGGUCCGGCGACGGGAAACACAGAGGCAGCUGCACUGCUUUGAGAUAGAACGUGGGACAGAGAACGAGCACAUGCCCCGUGCCGAUCUCUCCCGCACUGUUAAAGAGUACUCACGUCCUGCAGCUGGUAAGGAUAGCACCAGAGCCUGUGACCUGCGACCUCCAGACGUGCUGUUCAAGACAGUGUGUUACUUGGUGGAUGAGAUAGCGGCCUCCCCUACACUUCAGCCCUGGACUGAGGUCUACAGCUUCGUGUUCGAUCGUUUGCGCAGUGUGCGGCAAGACAUGGUCAUCCAGCGUGUGUCUGGCAGGAAGUGUGUGGCGGUGCUUGAGAGAACAGUGCGCUUCCACCUCUAUGCAUCGUACCGGCUAUGUGGUGCACCUCUGCGGCUCUUUGACCCACACAUCAAUGACACACACCUGCAGGAGUGUCUGAGCUGGCUGUUGGAAUGCUACAACGAAGGACAGUGUGAGCAUCAGGCAGAAUUCCAGGCCCUCAGCCUGCUCUACAACCUGGGUUCCACAAGGACACUGCAGCGUGCCCUCGAGCUGCCUGAGAAAGUGCGUCUCUCUCCUCCGGUUCAGUUGGCUCUAGCAGUUAAUAGGGCUUAUAUGGAGUGCAACCCUGUGCGUCUCCUACGUCUUGCGCAGAAACUGGACUUCAUACAAGCCUGUGCCCUUCACCGACACCUACUGUCCUGCAGGAGAGACUUGCUGCUGCUCUACAGCCAUGGACACAACAGCCGAAACUGCCGCUUUCCCAUUCAGAAGUUAGCAGACGUUCUCUAUCUGGAGGGUUCACUGGCUGAUCAGCUUUGCCAGGCACAUGGACUCCAAGUGACCGGGGACUGCGUGGUCUUCUCUAAAGCCUCCUUUAGCGAGAGCCCUUGUAAAGAGAUGCAGUGCACACAAAUGCACAAACUGGUGGAUGACAAGCAACAAGACCUUUCAGUUGGCAAGAUCCUUCAUGGCAUUGUCUGAACAUGUGAUUUAAAAGGGUGGUUCAGACAAAGGUAUUUUAUUGUAUUUUUUUAAAAAGCACAUCUUACUGAUAUAAGAGCCCAGUGACUUUUAAAAAAUUUUAAUAUUACUGCGAAUUUACUGCCAUACUUGUAAUGUAUGAUUUUUGGAGUUUAUUGGUAUACAGUAAUAAAGCAUUUGAUUUCUGGU